UGUCUUGAUCUGACAUGUCAUGCCUUUUUAUCUUCCUCUGAAAGCAGCUCAUUUUCAUAACGCCUUCAGACCUGUCGAAGAGCCACUCCACGCCAAGAUGGAAAAGCCCAAGUUCUCUCUCUCGGCUCUGAAGAGCACUCGCGGUGCCCUGCACAUGCUGCAGAUCGUGAUGUGUGCGGUGACGUUUGCGGUGAGCUACGUCUGGGGUCACCCGCUUCACACCUACUGGAUCUACUGCAUGCUGGUGUGGGGUCUGUGUCCCAUCAUCUCGCUGGUCAUCACCAUAGUGGAGAUGUUCCUCAUCCACAAGCUGAUCCUGGGGUUCUUCAUGGACUGGGACGACUUCACGACCGGCAUGGCCAUGAUGGCGUCGCUCUGCACGUUCUCCUGCACGGUGAUGUUCGCCAACUUCUACAUCUGCCGGAAGUGCAUCUGGGGCUGGAUGGUCACCAUCCUCUCUGUGGUGUGUUGUGCGCUUUACUGUGCGGAGACGUUCAGGGACAAAUGUGAUGCGACACGCUCUGCAACAUACGUGGCUGCGCUUCCAGGCUUCAUUAAGAUUCUCGAGGCCUUCGUUGCAUGCAUCAUCCUCAUAUCCCUGAUUGGUUACGUGGGUAAACCGGCUCUGCUGUGGUGCAUCGUGGCCUAUGCUAUUCCCUUGCCUCUAACCCUCCUGACCAUCAUCGUCAACAUCUUGACCAAGUUAAAGAACUGUCUGCCCUUCAGCAUCGAUCGUUUCACAAUGAUUUUCCUGGUCAUAUCAAUUCUGCUUUACAUCUCUGCUGCUAUUCUCUGGCCCACCUACAGCUUCAAGGGAAACCCGCGGCCCAAAGACUGUCCGGGAAACAGCUGUGUAUGGAGCAUCCAGUUUGUUGUGACCAUCAUGACCUACAUUAAUCUGGGCCUGUAUGUUGCUGAUCUGGUUUUGACCUGCUUGGGUAUCUGUGGAUUCAAACGCUCUCAAUAG